UCUUGCCGGUUAGGAAGGAUCUUGUAAGCUCGCGAGAACUCACCAUUUCCUGUGUGGACCUCGUCGCCGCGCCGGGUAGGAUAAAGGAACCGAUUAUGGAAUACGCAGGCAAUAUAGAAUGGGAGCUUAUUUCUUCUAUAAAGCACUGCAACUGUAAAACAGCACUUACUGGGAGUUGUUGCAUUUAUUUUCAGACGAGAAAUUUUCAGACGUAAACGAUUUUCUAUUUACGUUCCGUCUAAAAGUUGUGGAAAUCGAGUUGCUUUUGUUUGCUGAAAAUAAAUUCACUAAUGUUUACAGUCAAUGUGCACUCUCAAUAUAGUUGUAUUAAUAAUGUUUUAUCAUUUAAUUGUUAUUCCUAAUUUUUUUAAUGACAUGAAAAGGAUCUAUUCUGCGAGGCGUAUUGAAUAUAAAUCAUUGGAAAAGCAGAUAACUAACAACUUGAACAACUAACAAACUGAAGAAUUCGCCAACAAUGGAACAAAUUUUUUUCUGUUUCAUUUUUUAUUAAUUAUGUUUAUUUUCCGCAAAAGGUAUGUAUGAUAUCUUUAUACCUUUUCAAUAAAUAGUCGCAACUUUUUAAUGUACAAAAUAAUUUGUCCGAUGAUUAUAAACAAUGUUUUCUCAAAAAUGCAAAGCUUUUCUCUUUAUUGAUUGUGUUAUUACUUAUUAAUAUUCCUUGAAUUUUUUUCGGUAGUCCAUAUUAUCUUCCAUUUUUUCGAUCCACUGAUUUUCUCACUUUUUAUUUUUAUAUUAGCAUUUAAGCUGCAAUUGAACUUUAGGUACUUUCUUCAAUUGAAUCUUGCAAGUAAACAUGUCUCUCGAUAUUUCUAUGUUAUUAGAAAGUUGAAAUAUGCAUUUACAUUGCAGUAAUGUCGAUUUGAAAAAAGGUAUUCCAUAAUCUGUCCCGUUACCCUAUAUUUGCGCGUACGAACGAAUUAUAUUCCGUUUUGAGUCGGUCAACGCUUCGGAAUGAAUCUCAAGAUUGCUCGCGGAUAUAUUAAACGCGGCGUUCUACAUUUUCAGUUAUCCUCCACACUCGCUGCUUUAUUAAUUUAUAGAUUUUCUAUACUGAGCUCGACGUGGAUGUACCACGAUGUGCUGUCGAAGAAGGCGAAUUCGAAUAUUGCGGAGAUUCUGCAUCGGCCCAUCAGAGAGCUGGCGUUUUCAGAGAACAGUAAUAUGGGCAUCUUUGUCGCUCUUUCGGUGCCGCUCGACGAUCCGCUAAGUUCAAUCUCUCUGUCGUACUUCUUCGAGGCCAACUACAAAUUACCAGCGAACAUAACGUUCUUCGAGCCUUGGUACGCCGAGGGAAAAAGAAAGAGGCGAAGUAUCGACAGAGUCGCGAUCUAUCGAGUUCUGGAAAAUAAAUUCGAGAACUCCGGGUAUUCCGGACGAGACUGCCUACUGAGAGCAAUCUGCGAGACCUCGGAAUUUCCGCUACGGCACAACGGAGUGAUCGGCGACAUCGUGCACGUGCUUUUCACUCCGAGCACCUCGAGACGCGAGGAAUUGCCGCGAGACGUUUUCGAGGCUGAACUGAUCGGUCGUAACGGAAGCUGCUCGAAGUACCAACCGCGAUGCCCACUGGGACUCUUCGAUUUGAUCGGAGUUCUAGCGUGAUACCGGAAAAAUCGUCGCAGUUUGCCAUGUCACUCUCGCAAAGCAAACAUCCUAAUUGCACCACAGUUUGAGAGCGCCCUUGGGUUGCCGAAUGUAGAACACGGCCUGAGACGUACAACACGAGAGCAAAGAGAAAUUUCAGCGAAGCGGAACGUCGGAGAGAUAUCAAACGCGGAUAUCAAAGUCGAAGAUCACGAACAUUGUGUGUGAUACCAAGAAAUUCGAUUACUGCGUAAAUAGGAUUGGGUAAAUCAAUUUUUUUUCUUAACUGACAACUUUUGUGAAUUAAGUUUAAAGUUAAUAUGACUUAUAAAAUUAGCGUGGUUAAGUUACAUAAACAAAAACUGAUUGAAGUGUAAGUCUAAUUAAAAUUAAAUUAACUUAUUAAAGUAAAAAGUGAAUACGAGCGUGGUGUACAUUGAGAGAAAUUAUUUGAUAAGAAAUUAACAAAUUAACGGAUAUUUUCGAUCAAAAUACCGAUGAAUUUUUGUAUCUGAUUAAAGAACACCGAUGAGUAAUCAAUUUAUAAUUUUUUGAUCGGUUUGAUGAAAUGCCAUUAUGACCGAAAAUAUUCGAUUAAAUUUAAUCAGAUAUCCUAAUCAGAUACAAAAAUUCAUUAAUAUUUUGAUCGAAAAUAUCCAUUUGUUAAUUUUUUAUCGGAUAAUUUUUCUCAACAUAGUAGACGCACUAAUCUAUACUGAGAGAAACUGUCCGAUAAAAAAUUAACAAACAGAUAUGUCCGAUUAAUUGUCAAAUCCGAUCAAGAUAUCCGAUUAAAUUUAAUCGGAUACUUCUAAUCAUAAUGGUAUUUAAUCAGAUAAACCGAUAAAAAAAUUAUGAAUCGAUAUUUCUCAUCAGAUGUUUCCUGAUCCGAUACAAAAAUUCAUCGGUAUUUUGAUCGAAAAUAUCCGUUUGUUAAUUUUUUAUCGGAUAAUUUCUCUCAGUAUAGUGUUAUAUAUAGUGUUAACUUUAAAUUAUAGAUAAUACCAAAUCGCGCUGAUAUUGUAUUGAUUCGCUUGUUCGAUGAUUAUACUAAUGAAAUUACGUAUGCUACAACACUGAAAGGAAAGAUUGUUAGUCUCAUUAGAAAUUCUAAUUAUUUUUGGCAUUUGCCAUGAUUUUGUUGUUCUAAUAAAAAAAUAACAAUAGCUA